AUGUUACGAAUAUUAUCUUUCACUAUAAUAUUCAGUUUAUUUAUUUUUUCGUCUACUAUUAUAACGAGAACUGAUAAAAAUGAUUCAAUAAAUGAAGCUCUUAAUUGGGCUGAAGUAACAUCUACAAGAUUAGUUCAUUGCUAUUAUAAUGAAUUCAUUGGAUUAUGGAUACAUGAAUUAGAAUGGCAAUCUGGAAAUACAUUAGAAUCACUUGCUAACUUUUUAUAUCUUAUUGAUUCUCCAUUAAAAUAUGUUUUUCAUCAUACAUAUAUCAGAACUGGCAUAUUUGCCGGUGGUGACUGUUAUGAUGAUCAUCAAUGGUUUUUAUUAGCUUGGAUGCAAAUAUAUAAUGUUGAUGGGAAUAUAAAAUAUUUACACCGUGCUGCACUUAUCUAUGAUAUUAUUUCCGAAAGAGCAUGGAGCACAAAAAGUUGUCAAGGGGGGAUACAAUGGUGUCCAACAAAAGAUUACAAAAAUGCUAUAACUAAUGAAUUAUUUUUAUUAAGUAGUAUGCGUUUACAUCCUUAUGCUACACUUCUCGGUAAACCAUUAACAUAUUAUCUUGAUUGGGCUUUAAAAGAAUGGCAAUGGUUUCAAAAUAGUGGAAUGAUUAAUGAUGAUUAUUUGAUUAAUGAUGGGUUAAGUUCAACGAAUAUCAUAAAUGAUAAUAAAUGUGUAAAUAAUAAUCAAACAACAUGGACAUAUAAUCAAGGUGUUAUUCUAACAGGUUUAGCACUCUUAUAUAAUGCUACACGAAAUUCAACAUUGAUUGAUAUUGCACAAAAUAUAGCGGAUUCAACAAUAGAACGAUUAACUUAUUCAAAUGGAAUAUUAAAAGAACCAUGUGAACCUACAUGUGAUAAUGAUCAAAAAUUAUUUAAAGGAAUAUUUGCUCGUCAUCUAGGUUAUUUAUUACCAUAUCUUACAGAUACAUAUCAUAUACAAAAAUAUACGUUAUUUUUACAAAAAAAUGCAAUAUCACUUUUAUCUACAAAUCGUUGUGAACUAGAUGGUUUAUUUGAUUUGUUUUGGAAUAAUUAUUCAUCUAAUAAUUGUAAUUUAUCACGAAAUUCUGCUACGACAUCGUCAGCAUUCGAUUUAUUUAUAUCUGUUGCAAAAACUAAACAACAGAUUAUAUCAUCAAAUUGGAUUUUACUUGGUCUAGGUAAUUGUAUGGAUGAUAAAAAUUUAUCUAUGGCAAAUUUUUAUAAAAAUAAUGUUAAUGAAACACUCUGUCGUACAACUGCCAACAAUGAUAAUGGUUCUAUUGCGUAUGAUUAUCAAUUAAAAUGUAACGGUAUUGGAUUCUGUCGUAUACGUACAUUAUCUGAUCGACAUCAAACACCUGAUAGAUGGACAUAUGAAGAUGGUUUUACACAUUAUGUUACACGUACAAAUAAAGUUCCACUUACAAAUUGUUAUUUGAAAACAAAUUUGACAUAA